AUGGUGGCCGACCGCAUCCACAAGACAUUAGACACAAAGUCAGAAGAGCAUCGAGCAGAGUUGAAGCGCCUGGGUAAACAAGCCAAGGACCUUCCUCUCUCACCGAACGUCGCCGUCCUCGACGGNCCCUCGCAAAUCACGGGCAUCAACACUUUGCUGAGCAGCGACAAGACAACGCGCGAGGACUUUGUCUUCUACUUUGAUCGUCUCGCCGCCCUGCUUGUCGAGCGCGCAACCGAAAAUGCAAAUUUCGACGCCAUCACCAUCAAGACACCUCCACCGCACAGCCAUCCCUACAAUGGCUUGUGUGUGUCUGGCGAGAUUAGCGCCGUUGUCAUCCUCCGCGGUGGCAGCAUUCUUGAGACUGGUCUCAGGCGCGUCAUCCCCGACUGCCGCACCGGACGCAUGCUCAUCCAAACCUCUGACCGCACGGGCGAGCCCGAGCUGCACUACUUCAAGAUGGCGGGCGACAUUUCCACGCACAACAAAGUGUUACUCUUGGAUCCGCAAAUGUCUAGCGGUGGUGCGGCGUUGAUGGCUGUUCGUGUGUUGCUGGAUCACGGUGUCGAGGAAAGCAAGAUUGUGUUUGUCACGUAUAUUGCUGGCAAGAGAGGUCUCAAUAGGUUGAUGACCGUUUUUCCUGACAUCCAUGUUGUUGCUUGCAGGGUUGUCGAUGAUUAUGAGGAGAGAUGGGUUGAGAAUAGGUACAUGGGCUGCUAG